AUGGAAAAGGAACCCGAGUUUGCAGAGACCAAGUUCAUUUCUUCCCAGCCAGAGGAGCAGAUCCACAUGCUUGAAGAGAAGGAGCAGGAAGAAGAGAAGGAAGAACUACAGCAUAUGGAAGGCGUAGCUAAACAUAAGGAGAAACUAGCUGAGACUCUGAAGCAAGAGCAGAUGCAACUGCUCAAGAGGAUGAAAGGAAGCACAAUGGACCAGAAACUAAAGCUCCUUAUUGAACAAGCAGAGAGAUAUACACACUCAAUGCUGGCUGAUAAGUAUGAGGACGCUAAACAGACGCCUAGUAAGAAGGGAAAACGAGGAAAAAGAGGUAAAAAGGAGAGUAAGAGAAAAACCCAUUUGCAAGAUGAUAGCGAUCCUGACAAUCAAUAUGUCCUUACUAGGCUCAUUGCACAGCCAUCCAAGCUUAGAGGUAAGCUAAGAUCUUACCAAAUGGACGGACUCAACUGGAUGAUCAAUUUGUAUGAGAAAGGAUUAAGCGGAAUUUUGGCGGAUGAAAUGGGUCUAGGGAAAACAAUCCAAACAAUAUCUUUGAUUGCAUACCUCAGUCAGUACAAGAAGCUUGACAGAUAUUACCUAGUAAUCGUCCCUAAGUCUUGUAUACCCAAUUGGAUCAAAGAGUUCAAGAAAUGGAUACCUGAGAUGAGAGUUGUCAAUCUAAUCGCGAGAAAAGAAGAAAGAGAAGAGAUUUUAAGAACUAAAUUACUUCCCGAUAAAUUCGAUAUUUGAGUGACAACUUAUGAAGGAGCGAGAAUUUGAGGAACAAAUUUGAAAAAGUUUGCCUGGCAAUAUCUUGUCGUAGACGAGGCUCAUAAACUGAAAAAUGAAUCCUCUGUUCUUUCUAAAAUGUUGAGGAAGAUAUCCUCAAAAUACCGCCUAUUGCUGACAGGAACUCCACUGCAAAAUAAUUUGCAAGAAUUAUGGGCUUUACUAAACUUCUUAGUCCCUGAAAUGUUCAGUUCUGCUGAUGAGUUCCAGUCCUUCUUCGAUCUCAGCCGUAAAGGAACUGAGAAAGAGACCGAAGAGAAGAACAAGAAGGUCAUCGAGAAGCUCCAUAAAAUCCUGAGACCAUUCAUGUUGAGAAGGAUUAAAAAGGAAGCUGAAAAAGAAUUGCCUCCAAAGACUGAGAUGCAUAUAAAGGUUGGUCUGACUGAAAGUCAGAAGAAAAUCUACAGGAACUUGCUGACAAAGUCUGCUAUUGACAAUGGCAGCACCUUCUCAUUUUACCGGAAUUUAGUCAUGCAACUUAGAAAAGCCUGCAACCAUCCAUAUCUAUUCGAAGGUAUUGAGGAGGAGGGACUCGAUGACUUUGGAGAGCACAUUAUCAAUGUCAGUGGCAAGAUGAAGGUUCUUGAUAAAUUGAUGGAGAAAUCAGUAGAAGAAGAGAACCAAGUCCUUGUCUUCUCCACUUUCACUAGCAUGUUGGAUAUUUUGGAGGAUUACUGUGCCUUUAGGUCCUAUGAAUACUGCAGACUUGAUGGAUCUACAGAACUUGAUGAUAGAGAAGAGCAGAUCGAUGAGUUUACUAAGGAAAACUCUACUAAGAAGGUAUUCCUCAUCUCAACCAGAGCUGGAGGACUUGGAAUCAACCUAAUGACUGCCAAUAUUGUUGUACUGUAUGACUCAGACUGGAACCCUCAGAUAGAUCUCCAGGCUAUGGAUAGAGCUCACAGAAUUGGCCAGAAAAAGCCAGUUUCAGUAUUCAGAUUUAUCACUGAAAAUACCAUUGAGGAGAAGAUGGUAGAAAAGCAAGCUCUCAAGCUGAAGCUUGAUAGUGUGAUUAUCCAAAAAGGAAGAGCAGCUACAAAAGGCCAAGGUUUCUCUAAAGAGGAACUCAAGGAUGUAGUCAACUACGGAGCUGACGAGAUCUUCCAAGUCGGAGACUCCUGCACUAAUGAAGACAUUGAAAAACUUAUCCAAAAAGGACUUGAUAAUGCAAAUGAACUUCAAAAUAAAGUAGAAGAUAAAAUUGACGAGAACAAAUUUGACAUGGUCAAUUUUGAAAUGAAGCCGAGCCACUACUUCGAUUUCGAGGACGAAGACUACAGAGAAAAGAGAAGAGAAGAACAAAAGAAGGUCAUUCAGGACAACGUUGUAAAAAUGUUAGAUGAUCAAGUCAAAGUUGGUAGAAGAGACAAACACAAGGCUAACAAGAACCUCAACGAGUCUUUGAUGUUUCCCAACCUAAACAUCGUUGGUCAAGGUACCAAGAAAAAGAAGAUCUCUGUCCAAGAUUACAGAUUCUACUCAAAACCGAAAAGACUCAGAGAACUUCUAGAAAAAGAGCAGGAAGGAAAGUUCGAGCCAAAACACAGGUUGACUGAAGAAGAGCAAAAUGAGAAGAAAGAAAUCUUUGAGACUGGUUUCAAUGAGUGGGAUAGAAAGGAAUACUUCAGAUAUGUCCAAGCCCUCGAAAUGUUUGCACCAGAUGACUACAACGCUAUCGCAGAGUACCUUCAGUCUAAGACUGCUGAACAAGUCGAGAAGUAUUCAGGUCCAUUCUUCAAAAGAAUGGAAGAACUCAGCGAUGCUAAGAGAGUAAAAGUCAUUCUUGAGAAAACCUCCAAGCUCCUUGAGUUCAAAAGCAGAGCUCCAGACUUGAUCGCAAGGAAAGUGAGUGCCUACGAAGACCCUAUCGAAGAGAUGGUGAUCUACCCUACACAGAAGUCAAAAUUCUUCUCUAAAGAAUCAGAUGUGAUCUUGCUCUGCCUCACUCAUAAGUUCAAGUAUGGAAAUUGGGGGAAGAUCAAGAAAGCUCUAAGACAGGAGACUAAGUGAAGAUUUGACCAUCUCCUCCUCUCUAGAACUGAAAAAGAGCUCCAAAGAAGAGUUGAUAUCCUAGUUAAAGGCCUAGAAAAGGAGAAUCUCAAGCAAGCUAAAAAUAAGAAAAAUGACCCAGAUGAAGAUAUGGAGAUCGAAGCUUUGAAAGAACUUGAAGAUCAUGGAGAGAACAGUCGAGACCCAGAAGAGUCCAAAGAAGAAUGUAUUGAUACAAAGCCCAAGAAAAAGAGAGAGAUCAAGGAAGAACAGAUCCAGAAAGAACUAGCUGAAAUGAAAGUGUCUACUAUGCCAUAA